AUGGAGGGGCAGAAGGGGGAGUUUGCCCAAAAACCCACUCGCACACGACCUCGGACUCUUAUCUUCGGGACGACGCAAGCCGCCAACAUUUUCCCUCACGACCUGAUCCGAGUCCCAUCCGUCGCCGUGGAUAACUCCAGGGGUGCCAGCAACCUGGAGCCGGCGUGCCACAAGAGGCGGAAAUGUGAGAUCCGGGGCGAUGUGGACGGGAAGGAGCCCAAGGACCUGUCCUCGUCCAGAACCAUGUUCCCCAGCGCGCAGAUCAAGAUGAGGCUGCUGUCCCCGGGCAGCUCGCCCGCCACCUCGCCCACCAUGUCCAACUCGUCGUCGCCCACGCCGCCGGCGCUCGGCUACAACCACAAGAUCACCGGCAUCCCCUGCGUGGCGGCGGCCUCGCGCUACACGGCGCCCGUGCACAUCGACGUGGGCGGCACCAUCUACACCUCGUCGCUCGAGACGCUCACCAAGUACCCGGACUCGCGGCUCGCCAAGCUCUUCAACGGCAGCAUCCCCAUCGUGCUGGACUCGCUGAAGCAGCACUACUUCAUCGACCGCGACGGUGGCAUGUUCAGGCACAUCCUCAACUUCAUGCGCAACUCCAGGCUGCUGGUGCCGGAGAACUUCGCCGACCUGGACCUGCUGAUCGAGGAGGCGCGCUACUUCGACAUCGCCCCCAUGUGCCGGCAGUUGGAGCAGCUGAAGAAGGACCGGGCGAAGGCGGCGGCGGUAGCGGCGGCGGCGGCGGCGGCGGCGGCGGCUGCCAAGAGCGCGGGCCUGCACCCUGGUGGCGCCGCGGAGAACCACCACCAGCACCACCAGCACCACCAGCACCACCAGAGGCCCGCCUCGCCGCCGCACGACGGCUACGAGUGCGUGGCGCUGCACAUCAGCCCGGACCUCGGCGAGCGCAUCAUGCUGUCGGGAGAGAGGGCGCUGCUGGACGAGGUGUUCCCCGAGACGAGCCAGGCGUUGCUCGACGCGCGCUCCAGCGUCGCCUGGAACCAGCACGACGCGAGGCACGUGAUCCGCUUCCCGCUCAACGGCUACUGCAAGCUCAACUCGGUGCAGGCCAUCACGAGGCUGCUCAACUCGGGCUUCAAGGUGGCUGCCAGCAACGGUGGUGGCGUCGAGGGCCAGCAGUUCUCCGAGUACCUGUUCGUGCGGCGGGCGUGCGCCGUGUGACUCCGCGCAGGCCGGCCGUCGGCGACCGUGUGCCAUAGCCGCAGCGACCCCUCGUGUACAUUUGCCCUCGGUCUUGUUCCCCUCGGGGCCCGUCUACAACAUCCACGUGAAUGACGUCACAUUGUCGCACGGAAAACUACCCGUCUACAAUUGCGAUGUCACCAGAGCGCAGUAAAUGUUAAAUGUCAAAAUGAAUGGUUUUUAAAAUUGUUUUAGUUAAUGGUUUUCAUGCAUUGUAAAUGAGUACGUAUUUGCGUUUUGAAUAUUCAUUCAACUUGUGGAAUAUGAGGGAGUUCAACCAUAUGGAAAAGUAAAUGUUAGUAAAUCAAUUCUAAUCACACUGCCAAAAAUGAAUUCGUGUUUACGGCCUUCUGAUUUCUUUGCAAUAUUUGUUUCUCAGAAGCCAAAGAGAAGCAAUAAGAUCCUGUUUUGAAACGGGAACUUUAAAUUCCAAAUAUCACGAGUGUUGUUCUUCUAUGCUACCAAAGGACAGCAGUUGACCAGUGUAUUCGGACCAGGGAUAUUUGGACCGGUGUCCAUACCAUCCAUGAUGCCAGAGGAUUAAAUGAACUAAUAAAAUUUAAUAUAAUGUCCAUCGGAUACAACUUGGGGCAUUGCCAUUGUAGACGGGCCUUUACUUCCUAAAUCACUCUCCCACCCGCUUGCAGUACCUGCCGAGUGAGACAUCAAGGGACCCGGACAGUUCAGCGGCUUCGACAUCGAGGCUAUCGUUUCCUCCAACCAUACUAUUGUAUACCCUCGUGGGAGACAGGGUCAAUUCAAGCUUCCAAGAUGUACGGAGAGGCCAUAAAAAAAAGUCAAAAACAUGCUGUAAGAUAAAUGUUCUGUUUUGCAUUAUUAUUAGUAUAGAGCCUUGAUUACUUCGAGAAUUCAUUGGGUAGAAAAGUAGAAUUGCAGCACAAAUGCAUCUGCUUCAUGCUGACUAUCGUACUUAAGUGCUCUUGACACGUCCUUGACGACCCUGAACCAGUUAUAAACAAUUAGAAGAAGUGGUAACCCAUCGCGAAAUAACAAUGGCUUAAAUUAUUAGGAAUGGGGAUUUAUCGCGAAGAUAUUUCGUGCCAGGAUAGUCUGCAUAGGUAUCUAACUUGUUCCCGCACUUACGGUAGGAAUAAAUGGCUUUUUAACAUGUAAUUGUUUUCAGGCUGAGUCAUGCAGCCUCUGCGUUCCUGGUCGUUCAUCCACCGACCAGAGUCGGUACCAUAAUAAAGGCAGCAAACCUGAAUAGAUUUAAAUUAUUAUUUUGAACAUACGCAGUUGCUAGGUUGCACUGUAUAUCAUAGAUAAUACCCGAAAAAUGGACAAUGAAAGAUGAAUACACAAACACAGAAAACAGGCCAAAAUGAACCGAUGUUAAAUGUAAAGAUAGCAAAGAUAAUUCCGCGGGAGAAAUUAAUCAGAACAAUGUCACAGAACAGACGAACACAGUGGGUAGACGACGUGACAGAUGAAACUAUGUGCUCGUCUGCAAUAUGAUAUUGUUGUUCUGACUAAUAUCUUCCACAGUGUUUCCCCCGGGUAGGGAUAACAAGGGAGUUAGUUAGAGCGACACAAUUAAACUGUGUUGUGAGAGUAGCAAAUUUUAUUAACAUGAAGAAUUAAUGCAAUAGAACUAUAAACAUGCUAAUAUGAUACACUCAGCUUGUCUUCUAGUAUGAUUGUCCUUUCUGGGACUUGUUCCGCUUGAAUAUGCUUUCUGUCUGUCAACACAAAAAUAAGACAUGUCAACAAUUAGUAUUACCCGUAAAAUAACAGCAUAUUUAACUGUUACAAAAGAAUAGAAAAUCUCUGAAGUUCUUAGGUUCGCUUUCCUCUAGACACCAAUAGCGAGUCACAAAGCACAUUAAAUAUACAUAUAUAGAAAAUUAAUUACAAAAGAAUAUCAAGUGUUUGUUUUACCAAAAUAUCAUUGUGUUUUAAAAGUCUUAAAUUCAAAGCCGUCUUAUGGCUUACAACAAAAUUUACGUGUAAAUGACCCCUCGUUUUAUCGGGUCCAAUACGGCCGGACACUCGCCUCAACACUCGCUGGGUCGUCGUGUCCCGGGCGUCGCUCGCCGAGUCGCCACUGUGGGUUGCGCACCGGCCAUCCAGAGCGUUGCUUCCCUCACAAAACGCCUCGGAUGGACAUCGUUGGUGCGGUGUUGUCCCGGAACCCUUGACGACUUCGAAGAGACUUGCGAAGGACAGGCCACAAAUCCCCUGAGCUGAGCUGUCGUGCUGUCCGCACCUGGCACAAUCACUCUCAUGUCUCGUCACUUUCAAAGUGCAUACUCCUAUAUGUUGUGCAUGUCAAUAAUGGUAUACUCCGGUAUAAAUCGGUAGUUGUCUCUCAAUGUCCUUGGUUUGCCUGCCUCUGUAUGACCACACUGUCAUCUACAUGCACUUGCCCGUAUCGUUGCCCAUUGUUAUUGUCCGACUCUGUCUCGGACACGCGAAAAAAAAGUGCCCUCCUUAACAAGUUUUCCAACGAGUCUCUUGGUCGCCUUACAGUCGAAACUCCACUCGUUGUUGAAUACCUUGGCACUUAGUCGCUGACUGUCUCGUUGCGGUCCGGCGUUGCUCCAGCUUACCCUUCGUGGAGGCUAAGUCCCAUACCGGAAUUCCUUGUUUGUUCGGGCAGAGUGACGGUCUUCAUGGUGGUCCAGGCAGGGCGGCGACAGGUCUUGCAGUGGUCGGGCAGCGCUUCCGCCCUUACGCGAUUAUUUUUCCUAACCUAACUAAAACUAAGUGUGUUUGGGAGGGGUCCGGGUUAGGGAAUGACUCUAAGUGCGUCUCAGGCCGAAGCCUAUACGCUAUAAUCAUGCAGGGUUUAAGCCAUGCGGGAGAGGAAGCAUGCAUAAUGUGCUAGGAGGGGUAUUGGCCAGCUAUGGAAGCGAUUGGAGCCAUGACUAACUCCUUUCACUGACUAUUCUAGACUAAAAACUAGAUAAGUUGGGCCCAGGUAAAACCUGCAUAGACACAGGGAAACCCCUGGGCACUUACAUGCGGGAUGCAAAAUUUCCUGCGUUAUUGACAAGCAGGUUGAUUACAGGAAACAGAAGGAUGGUUCCGGAAGAAGAGUUGGACAGAGUAGAAAUAAACUACUAAGCAAGGGGCGGGAACUUGGACAUUGCUGUCCGCUUUGGUUUGGAUGGCGCUGGUUGUUUCGGGGACGACAUAUUGUCGUUUCCCGCCAGGCUGCCAGCCAGCCUGCCCUUACGCCACCGUUUCUUCAUAUGCUCGGCCGGGAGCGUGUGACAGCGAUACCAGGAACUAUUAUGUUCCCAUAACUCGCUUAAGCCCCGAGGUUGGAGGUUUACAUACCCCUCGGGACGCCUUCCCCUAUGUUCUCCGACCAUUCAGUACCUCGUGGUAACUCCUACUUCGCUCUGGACGGUCGGAGGGGAGGGAGGUCAUGUGAUCAGUCACGUGACUGCUUCUCAGUCACGUGGUUACCCCCUCCACUGCGCGUCUCUGGGUGGGGCUGGAGCGCACUGGGUACAAGGUCGAAUGCCUGUUGGGUUGUUCAUCCGUUACACAAGGGUGUAGCGCGGAUGGCAGUCACUUCAGGUGCAAUUGUCACUUCAAGUGGGACCAGUUCGUUGGGGGAUGCUUAGCUCCCACAACAACAGCAUUUUACAUCGGCUGAUUUUGGCUUGUUUUCUGUAUGUUUGUACAUUCAUCUUUCUUUGUCCGUUCUGUAUGACGUACAAUGGCAUUGGAAUAACUAUUUCUAAAAUAAUGAUUUAAAUCAAUCAUCCCCAUUGCAAGAAUCACUGAAGUAUUGAACAUGAACAGUUUUGUAUUGAAGCGUAUCUAUAAUAAUUGCACGUAGUUUUAAAUAUAUAAAACAUACUUCAUAUACUUAAAGUCUAGUGUGGAUCAUUCAACAUUUUCUAUUCUUUAUUUUGUCUUGAUUGAGAAUCUUAAAUAUUUGGCCGAGUCUCACAAUGACCUGUUGGUUUGUUAUUGGCUGAGAUAACCUCGGGGAGGGAGGGAGGGGACGACUGCGGCCCAGUGGAAGACGUAGCGGAAACCUUCCAGGUGUUUAAUGAAUCCGAGGAAUGUCCGGGUCUCUGGUGACGACGCGCAGGCUCCCCAGGUCGGAGCUUCGCCGCGUCGGCGGGUUCGCCCAGUCAGCUGGUGGCCGUGGCCGUGUUGGCUGAGAGGCUGGCGAGGGUCGGGUUCGAUCCCAGCCCCGGGCGAGACUGGACCUGCGCGUGCGUGUGGUCAGCCCUCACACUCCACGUGCAUUUUCCCAAUCAAACACGAGUUCUGUCACAAAUAUUCACCAAGGGUCGUCAUGGGUGUAGAAUGUCGGGUCAAGUCGCUUGUACGACAUUAUAUUACACUUAGUGAAUAUCUGUUAAAUAUUCUUGUGACAGAACAACUAAUAAAAAGGAGUUUCGGAAAUAGCCCUAUAAUUUGAGGGCUUAAACACGAUAACUUUCAUACAUAUUAUUUUUCGUCUCAAUUUUCACAACAGAUAUUUACCACUUUACUUACGUGAAAAUAACUUCUAGUAAUAUCUGAUGAGAUAUGUUUAUGAUCCAACAACAAUAAUUGCAAGAGAGCUACGGAAAUAAAUAAUUAUUAUCAGCAAUGACAAAAUAAGAUAUAACCAACUUGGCAUUCCAGGCUGAACAUUAACGCGUCAGUGAUCUUCAUAUGAAGUACCUAUUGUAUUUCCAUUAUACCUCUUUCGUGUAAAAACAUGUUUGAUGUUGAUUAAAUUGGAAAUAAUUGUUUCAUACCGUAAUGCAAGUAACUUUUAACAGGUUGCGAAGAAUUUGUAAUCAAAUAAAGAAAAAUGUACAUAGCAUAUACUGAAAAAUGUGCAUAUACUGAAAAUAUUUCAUCCAGCACAUAAGAAUGAGCAUUAGCCUUGAUACUCUAGAAUAUUUUUUUUCUUCAUAAGACGCGUUCACAUUGUCAUUUUAACAUGAUUUUAUUAGGUUCACAAGUAACUAACGAACUGUGUAAACAAAUCUUGGAAGUCGGUUUUAACCUACUUUUAAUUGUCGCAUCGAUUUGAAACUUUGCAAGUGUAUGUAAUUCAGAUGACAGUACAAUAAUUGGGUACCAUAGAACUGAUGUGAUGAUGGAGCCAGGAGGUGGAUAGUGUAACUCUUCAACUUUUUAUUGUGUAACUGAUAAAAUUGUGAUUAUUAAUUUUUUUAACUUUUUUUUACGAAGAUUAUCGUAGCGAGUACAUACCAGCGUCACAAGUUAUAAUAUAUCCAACUUUUUUCUUAAUUCUUUUUACACUUGUAACAUAUCAGCAUCCAUCAAACGUAUUCAUUAUUGUAGAUUGUGUUUGCGUUGGUAAUUAGCGUCUGUUUAAAUAAAAACGUCAAAAAAUUUAAAAUUUUCUUAUAAUUUUAGUGAUUUUGUGGCUUUCCUUGCCACUAAGCAUUAUAACGCAUCUCAACCUUGCUCUUCAGUAUGAAACUCCAGUGAAAUAAAGCGACAUUUUUUAAGAGGUGCAUAUAUGACCACAAAAUAUCUGCAGUAUAUCAUCUCUUGCGGCUCGAUAGAGCUACCAGGCCGCUCAGAACGAAUAUUUCGUUUUCUUUGGUCACGUGUCCGAUAUUGUCUUCGUGGAUAGCUCCCAGCUGGCCGAUCGAAUCCACCGACAUCGCCUUAUCGAGCGAGAGUGAAUUAAGAACACUUAUCACAUUCCCACUUGUGAGUAUAUACUCUGACCGCUUUGUAUACUGUUCAUGGCUGUAUGUUGUUAAGUACAUUUUGUAUAAAGAUUCGAACUUUUAACUGCAUUAAGUAAAUAUAUUUUAACUAAACUUUUUUAAGGGAAAAGUACUACCUGUGGAAACAUUUAGCUAACAAGCUGUAUUUUGUAUUAUAAGUUAUAAUGCUAUGCCUCCCAUAGUAUAAAACAAUUUAAUCAAAAGCAACCGUUUUAAUUACAUUUAAAUUACAUGUUACAAAAUGUUUUUCUUACAAAUGCAUAAUAUGAGUUGUACAAUUGUUUAAUUUGUAAUUAGUUUAACCACUAAUAGUAAUAAAUACACUGGUAUUGUAAAAUUAAGAAAACUUUAAGUCAAUUUUGUCUGCAGGCAAUGAAUUUGUUUACUUCCUGUUAUUGUUAUAUUAAUAGUAAUUAUGUAUUUGUACUUUAUGUAAAAUACACAAGUUGUCAACAUAUUCAUAUCAGGGUAUGUUCAGGUGAAAAAUUCUAGCAUAAUGUUUUUCAUUUUGUUAUUGAUAAUUCAAAUGUGUAGGGUGAAAUUUAAUAUUCUUCAAAAUAUGUAUUACUUGUAGCCAGCAGCUACGGCCAUACUUUAAUUAAUAAUUAUCAUUCUUGUAUUGUGUUCAUGUUAUAUGAAAUAUGCUUUGAAUGCCAUUACUAAGACAAAAUAAAAAAAGAAAAGUUGUAAAUUUGAGUUUGUUAUGUGCAAUGUUAGUUUACGGUGUGUUUUAAUUGAUACAGUAAAUAAUUAAUUGUAGCUUAUUGUAUACUUUUCAAAAAAAUGAUCUCAUUUGCAGGGUUAACCCUAACUUAAAAGGGCUGUGAACUCAAAAAUAAAAUAAAAAAAUGAUUUGAUAACGUGGACCAUUAGUGAAUGUAUUUGUUCAGUUUGAAAUACAU